ACCAGGCUGACCAAUCAGAGAACAGCAUGGGGCGGGAAGUGUCCAGUCCACUCACACCUCCACACAGAAAAUUACUGGCGUUGGAGAGCGACAGAAAGACAGACGGGGACUGAGAGUGGAUCCGCGAGACAGGUAGACCAGGAGCCACAGACAGACCCACGGAGGCUGCUUAACGAGGAGACACUACGGGAUAGCUGCUCACAUGGACGUGUCAGUUUGAGCAGCUCCAGACACAGACUCUCCAACAGGUCCACCGCAGCCGCGAGCAUGUCGACGGUAGAAGGAGCCGACCAGCGCGAGGAAGGGGAGUACGGAAGGGCGGCAAAGCGGCUGAAAACGGAGGCGAGGGAGGCGGAGGAGAGGGAGGAGGGGGAAGAGGAGCUGGAAGAGGGGGAGGAUUCGGACUCCGGCUCGCUGCCCGGUAACGGAGAGUCAGCGGUGGACAACCGGGCCCGGUGGAGCGCCAGCCAAUACGGAGCAGGACGAAGGGAUAAUGGCGAGGACUCCCAUCGUAUCUCUCCCAGCCCUGUGGUCCAUGUCAGGGGUCUGUGUGAGGCCGUGGUGGAAGCAGACCUGAUAGAUGCCCUGGAGAAGUUUGGACCCAUAUGUUAUGUGAUGAUGAUGCCAUUCAAGCGUCAGGCACUGGUGGAGUUCUCAGCAGUGGAGAGCGCUGACCGCUGUGUGUCCUGUGGAGCCAAGGAGCCUGUAUACAUCGCAGGCCAACAGGCAUACUUUAAUUACUCCACAUCCAAGAGAAUCACCAGGCCGACCAACGCUGACAACCCCAACAGUGGCAACAAGGUCCUCCUGCUGUCCAUACAGAACCCCCUCUAUCCUAUAACCACGGAUGUUCUGUACACAGUGUGUAACCCCAUUGGCAGUGUGCUGAGGAUCGUCAUCUUUAAACGAAAUGGAAUCCAGGCCAUGGUGGAGUUUGAGUCCAUUCAGUGUGCUCAGAAGGCCAAAGCUGCUCUGAAUGGAGCUGACAUCUACGCUGGCUGCUGUACGCUCAAGAUUGAAUAUGCAAGACCAACGCGCCUGAACGUGAUUAAGAACGACAACGAGAGCUGGGACUACACUAAACCAUACCUGGUCAGACGAGACCGUGGAAAGGGCAGGCAGAGGCAGGCCAUUUUAGGAGAACACCCAUCAUCCUACAGUGAUAACGGCUAUGGUCCCCCCUGCCCCCUGCUGCCUCUGCCUGGCAACAGCAGGUACAAGCUCACCUCAGUGGACGUUCCAGACAUGGUGUCCUACCCUCUGCCCCAGUCAUCCUCCUCAUACUCUGGCCAUGCCCCCAGCUCUGUUGCCAUGGUGAGCGGCCUCCAUCCAUCCAAGAUGAACUGCACCCGCAUCUUCAACCUUUUCUGCCUCUACGGCAACAUUGAGAAGGUAAAGUUCAUGAAGAGUGUUCCUGGUACCGCGUUGGUUGAGAUGGGAGAUGAGUAUGCUGUGGACAGAGCCAUCACACACCUCAACAGCAUCAAGGUGUUUGGCAAGAGACUCAAUGUCUGCGUGUCUAAGCAGCACGCAGUGAUCCCCAGUCAGGUGUUUGAGUUAGAGGAUGGCAGCAGUAGCUAUAAGGACUUUGCCAUGACCAGGAACAACCGCUUCAGCAGCGCUGGACAGGCCUCCAAAAAUAUCAUCCAGCCUCCGUCUGCAGUGCUACACUACUACAACGUUCCUCCAUGCAUAUCACAGGACCAUUUACUGAGGCUGUGCACGGAGCAUGACGUGCCUGGCUUCGUCAAAUUCAAGAUGUUUGAUGCCAAACCCUCCUCUAAGACCAUCUCUGGCUUGUUGGAGUUUGACAGUAAGACGGAGGCUGUGGAGGUUCUUACUGUUCUCAACCACUACCAGAUCAGGAUACCCAAUGGGUCCAACCCAUACACCCUGAAACUGUGUUUCUCCACCUCGUCUCAUCUAUAAAAAGCUGCAGAGCACAAGAAGAGGCUGCUGAGCCUGAUGGUGGCUGACCUCUGACCUGAGAGACAGACACACAGACGAGGAGAGGAGGAGAGAGAAACACAAAGAAAUGAAAGAAGAAGGGAAUGAGAGAGAUGGCCUUUAAAGGAGAUAAAGAAGAUGGAAAGAAAUGUGUUAAAGAGAGAGAAGACACUGUCACUAUCUCCAAACUGUACAUCAGAGGCACACCCGGCAUCCCACCAUCCAAUCACAACCCAACAAGCUGACAGACUAGUGACUGUCUGACAUACUCUAAUAAUGUGUUUAUAUUGUCAUGUGGGACAUCUGGAGGACACUGCUCAAGUGUUCAAGAUCAUGAUCUGUGCACAUGGUGACUGAAAUGAUAUUUUAAUGUUUAAAAAAUGGAUAGAUACAGUGUGUUGUUUUGAAUUGCCAUUGAACAUAUACAGUAAGUUCUCAUUUAAGGUUCUCAUUUAGUGCUUUGUGAAAUGUUUGCCCUCAGCAGCGAGGCCUACAGAGAUAUUCAUGGUCCCCAGACGGAGACUCUUAGUGGUUUUGGAGACCCUCUGACCUGACUUUUUCCCUGCCGGCAGCAUGAGGUCAGAAUUUUCAGCUAACGCUUUGGUCUAUGACAUAGCAUCUGGAAAACUAGUGGCAGGAUUUCCAUGAAAUUUUCCAUGAAUAUUCAUGUUUCCAAGAGGAUGAAUUCUAAUGAAGCGCUUUGAGUAGUCAGAAAAGACUAGAAAGGCGCUAUAUAUACAAGUACAGUCCAUUUACCAUUUAAUGAAGCUCACUGUCAUUUCUUUUAGCCCCAACUUCAGCAUCUCCAAAUGUUCUAACCUAGACACAAGAAAUAUCAAACUCUAAUGGGCAGAUUGUCAUGAAAUUUACUGAGCACAUUCAUUCUUCUCAGAGGAUAACCUUUCCCUGGUUUUGGACACUCUGUGAUCGUCCCUUUAGCGCCUCAGGCCAAAGUAUUAACUUUGCUCACAAGACAUCUGAUAAUGUAACUGGCAGAUUGCCAUGAAAGUGGCCCAGUCACAUUCAUGUUCCCAAAGAGAUGAACCCUUGAUUUGAACGCUUCUAUGACCUUUGCUCUAGAACCACCCUCAGGACAAAUGUGAGGCUCUAAGAACAGCAAAGUUAUUAUUUUUUUGUCCUGUCUUUCAAAGUGUGGGUUGUAAUCAAAGUACAGCCGCUCUCAGGGUUUUAGACUGAGGCUGCUGUUUGACGGCAGAAGCACUACAUGUUAUUGGCAGCACAAAAGAGCGAUGUGUGAGGUCACAGUUAAUGCACUGAGCUAAUUGAAAACAAUGAGCAGCGAGGGUAGUCCAUGCACUAGCCAUAUAAACUACUGAUGCCAUGAACAUUUAUCUCAGCUUUCCAUAAUACUAUUUCAGAAGGGUAAGUAAGUUUCAGCAGCCUGUAGACACAACUGAUCAUAUUAACCUGAGUAUUUCCUUAUUACAUGCUGUAGCACACAGUGAACCCUGGCUCACAUGGUAUCAGUAUGAUAUUAGAGGGACUGUUUGAAUUUGAUUUUGCCCAUGUCUAAAGAUAUAUGUAUUAGGCAAAGUUAAAAAAAUUGUCUGCAGAAUAUUCAUAACACACACCCACAUCAGAAUGACCACACCAAACACAGUGGUGACAUGGCACCGACUUUACUGCCUGAGUGAAAACACAGCGGCAGAGACUGUGCCCCUUUACUGCCGUCAGACCAGCAGCCGAGAAAUGAUUUGGUGGACUGGAGUAGAAUUCCAACAGUGUAAAAACAGACCGCUCAUAUACUCAGUGGAUUCAGUGGGAGGUAGUGCGGUUUUCUCCACACUGCCCUGCUCGUUGUGUUGUACAUGCUACAUGUUGGGUUUUCACUAAAUAUAACAGAUACAUGUUGGUGGGUUUUAGUUCUCAGCUGCUUCCUGUCUGCACGUCACUUCCUGUCUGUGGUCCUUUUGCAGCAUCACUUGCUGCUGGUCAUUCCAGAAACAGGUUAAUGUCACAUUAGAGUUGCUGGUCCUUCAGUGAUUACCAGUCAUUGCUGUUUGAAUGACACGUGUUUAGUUAAAAACCAGAAGUGAAAGCAGUAGGAUGUCUCCAUGGCAAGUCAGGCAUUAGAAUCUGAGCAUGAGCUCAGCUUGUUGUCCUAACCCAGUGUUGAUCUUAAUAUGUGUAGAGCCAAAAACCAUAUUAGAGGAAUUAUGGGCUUGAGACCAGAGUUCUGCCUGCAUGUAAACACAGCCAGUGUUUGCUUCAUGCUUUGACUAGAGCUGACACAAGUUCAGUUUAACUUUUUAAAAGAGGGGUGAAUGCUCCUGAGAUAUCUAUUACACAUAUGUGCUGCUUUUUAAAAUGGAGUGCACAACUACUGUAAGACCAGUGUGUCAAAGUAGAACCAGGAAGUAGCUCUCCAGUUUGGGUUCCUGAGAAAUAGGCCAAUCUUACCUUCCAACUUAGUACGUUUAAAUUCCAUCUUUGUCGUACGUUAAAAUCAGCGUCACGUCUGUGCGGAAAAUGUUUCUGCUCGUUUCAAAGAUAUAAAUAUAUACCUAUUUGCACUGCGCAUGGAAAACUACUGGAAUUACAUAAUAUCAAAGGACGUUUUGCUUUGUCAUAUUAAACAGCAUAUUCAUUUUUUCUUGCAAUAUUUUAUUUUUUAUAAUAAUACAUAAAAUAUGUGACUAAAUAGGCUACCUAAACUCUGGGAGAUGCAUAGGCUCCUUAUGGCGGCGCAGAGACACUGGGCUUCUUGGAGGCCAGUUCUUUGGUGAAGCACAGAACGCAUAUUGUCUCUGUUAGAUCACGUGUCUCAUAUAGGACAUGCAGAUUUUUCUUUUAGUACGCCGGGAUCCAUCACACUCGUUAAUUAAGGCAUGCUUUUUGUACAUAAUAUGUAAAUAAGGAAAAGGUGUGAAACGUUUCGACAGAUGAAUCCCUCAUUCUGCUGUUAAAUUAUUGCUCAUUUAGAUGUCGUUUGUAUGUCUCUUACAUCACAUGGAUCUUACUGUAUUUCUAAGGAGGUUUUAUUUAUUCUUUUUUAAGUUUUUUAAGCCUUUAAGGGUUGAUAAAUGAGGGCUGUUGUUAUUCUGAAGCUGAUGUGAGUUAUUAAUCACAGGACAGUAUCCACAUCUCGUGAUUUUCAGGCUGUAAAGGUUUAAUGUUGUUAAUAGUCAGUAAUCACUAAUAAAGCACUUACAUCUAUAUUGUUCCAUUCAUUUAAGAAUUUCUGUGGUUGUAACUUAUAUGUACAUGUUCAAAUUGAAUAAAUCCAGGUUUGGGGCUGGAAGGUCAGCUACACACAACUCAA